AUGGCUUUGAAAGUUUUAUCCGCACUCGAUAGUGCAAAAACACAAUAUUACCAUUUUAAAGCGAUCAUAAUCGCCGGAAUGGGUCUUUUUACCGAUAGUUACGACUUGUUUUGUAUCCCUCCGAUCAUGAGACUGAUUGGAAGGAUAUAUUACCCUAAAUUCAAUGAAAAACUGGAAGAGAAGCACUUGUUCGAAGUCCCUGGAAUCAUCGCAUCAACCAUGUUCGGUGUAGCUUUAAUGGGGGCGGUGAUCGGGCAGCUCGGUGACUGUGUCGGGCGGCGCCAAGUGUACGGUGUUGCACUCAUAUUGAUGGUUGUGGGGUCCAUCGGAUGUGGGUUUUCACUCUCGACAUUGACUCCAUUGGUGUUUGUCAGUUUCGGUUUCUGCUUGGUGUUGGGAUUGGAGGGGAUUACCCGUUAUCUGCUACAAUUAUGUCACUCGUGGGGCGUUUAUUGCCGGAGUUUUUUCUAUGCAAGGGUUCGGGAUACUGUUUAG